AUGUGCAAGCAUAUCCUCAACGCCCAGGUCUCGGUUCGAUCGCCAUGCUGCCGUAGGUGGUUUGACUGUGCGGAUUGCCACAAGGAACAGGAAAGCCAUGCGCUGCUUCAGUCCAUGGAAAUGACCCUUGCCUGCAAAAAGUGCAAGAAAUGCUUUCGAAAGGACGCAGCUGAGUUUGAAGAGAGUGACGAGUAUUGCCCACACUGCGAUAACCAUUUCGUGCUCGAUGCCCUUACGCCUAAACCGGUGGUGAACCUGGAGGGAGAAGACCCAAGAAAGGAUGCGAGAAUGUUGAAGGAUGAGCGAUUGAAGCCAGAGGAAGAACGCUCUAUAUUUGAUGUUAAAGAUGCGCCAAAUCGACUUGGAUAA